CCGGGGAAUCCUUCCUUUUAUUCGAUGAUGGAGAUGACUCUAGGAUCAUCAGCUUUGCCACUACGAAUAAUUUGUUCGAUCUUGCCAACGCCGACACCCUCUACUGCGACGGAACCUUAUUCACCUGCCCCAAGCUUUUCUACCAGAUUUACACCAUCCAUGCAGACAUUGGAGGACCAGCAGACCUAUACCCGCUUCCUGACCCUACUGAAGAUGACUAUGAACGAAUACAAUCUCCCCCUUCAGCCAACCACCGUUUUUGUUGACUUUGAAGCAGCCGCCCACAACGCCAUCCACCAGGUUUUCCCCGGAGUGACCGUCAAGGGAUGCUUUUUCCACUUCACUCGGUGUAUAUGGAGAAAAGCACAACAGACAGGAUUGCAGCAACUCUACAGACACAACGAUGACGUCAACAGACUGGUACGCCUUGCUGCAGUAUUGCCCUUGGUUCCCCUUGAUAAAGUGGAGGACGUCUGGUUUAAUGCGCUAGAGGAGCUGGAUGAUGCUGACCUACCCGUGGACACCCUACCCUUCACCGACUAUGUUGUAUCCCAGUGGAUGGAAGGAGACCGACAGACCUGGAACCACUACGCAACAAAAGGACACCGGACCACCAACAACCUGGAAGCUUGGCACGGGAAGCUGAAGAAGAAAGUCCGUCAUUCCCACCCCAACAUAUACACAAUCAUCAGAGUGUUCCAGGAGAUCCAGGCGAGCAUCGAGAUCGACAGGAUACAGAAGGACGCAGGGGGACCAACCAGACCAAGAUGCAAGAAGUACAGAAACAUCGACCGCCGACUGACGCAACUGAAGGAACGCCUGGAGAACAACACAUUGAGCCUGAUGGAGUAUGCUGAUGCAGCUUCACACCUUCUGCACCUGGAGUAGAUUUUGAGUCUAUGUUCUUGAUAUACAUGCAUGUACAGAUACAUGCAUAUAAAGAUAGAGAGAUAUAUCUUUUUUUCUGAAAUGUUACGUAAAUUGUAUUAUAUUAUGCAAGUGUA